AUGGCAGAUGGAGCAGUAUCCUUUCUGCUCGAAAGGGUUGUCGCCUUGCUCGGCCAAGAAAUGGAAGUUCAUGUAGAACUUCCAGAUGAUCUUGAAAAAUUCAAACAAGGGCUAAACACCCUGAAAGCAAUUCUAGAGGUGGCAGAAAAAAAGCAAGUUCAUGGAGUUGGGAAACAAUGGGUUCUGGAGUUGCGAGAUCUAGCUUACGACAUGGAGGAUGUUCUUGAGGAUCUCAUGCUUCAUGUGCAUCCGCAGUCUCUUGGGUCUUCUUCACGGUCUCGGUUUCUCCACAAUCUCAUACACCACAUACCCCUCCAUGCAAAAGUUAAGCCUCCAUGGGCAUCCUUCUUCAUCUGGCCCCCAACCAGAAUCAAGUUUCAGUUCCCGGUGCCAAAUGUCCAGCAAACUGAUCAUGGCUCAGGAUGA